GUCUGUCCUCUUUGAUUCCUUGAUCUUUUCACUAUGACCACGUUAGAAAGGACUUUUCGGCUGUUGGACGCUCUGGGACUAUUCAUCGUCACUCGAUUUCCAUUUAUCGAGUUAUUUCUGCUUCUUAUGUCCACCGGAGAACGGGCUGAAAAAGCUCCAGGGCUUAAGAUAACGAGCUUCAAGGACACGUUGAAGCAAGAGUACAUUCUCGUGUACUUGAAUGCCGCGAUCUUCUUUGUCUGUGGAACGGGAAUGACCUUGGAUUUCAAAAGAAGGAAAUGUGGCUUUGCUGCACUUUUGCAUGCAAUAGUUUAUACAGCGGUGACUCUUUAUCAAACAGAGCGUUACUCGGAAUUUUUGAUUGUAAGUGCUUGAAGAACAAUGGUCGUGACUUUUUGUUAGUAACUGGUGUGUAACGUGAUGUUACACGAUUCACUUUUAAUCAAGAAUAUUUAUGGUGUUUUUUUGGUUAAAAAAACUCUGUUGGUAGUGUUCAGUGAAAAAUCGGGCUGGGUGACAUGUCUGUAUAAAAAUGUAAAUGAAAGCUAAUCAAAGUUUUCAUAAUUUAUCAAGAUUAUUUUCUUAACGGGUAGCACCCUGGUAAUGAAUUGAGACCUUGUGAGGGUUGUGCAUUAUUUUACUUGUACCUCUUCUGUUUAUAGAGGCAUUGGAUGGAAGAAACAUGAAAACUAUAAACCACAAACUGCAAAAUCUCUUUUCCUAGCUUCAGACUUAAAACUUCAAAAGACUAUAUUAUCCAAAGUAAAGGCAGAACAGAGUCAUGAAAUGUGGCUAAACAGCUCGUUUCCUCUCUUUAGGAUAAAAUGUGAAGUUUCUUUCAGAUACCACCGCGGUCAAACGUCUAAAUUGUUAUUUUUGUUUUUUAUUGCUAGGAUUUCAUUUACCAGUUAGAGAAAAAUGGGCAAAGAUGUAUAAAUCAGUUAGUCAACAUAACUAUCUUUCCAGAAAAAUCAUGAAUCAUGUUUGAAAAUGGUGCCUAUAAUAACGUCAGCAUCGGUUUUCAAUCACUUAGAACUUUUUUAGUAAACUUUUAAAAAGUUUAGUAAACUAUCAGGAUGUUGAUAAUACCCUAAACUUUCGAUAGUGAAAGUAGCAACCUUAACUUUGAAGUAUUUCGCUUAACUUUUGCAAAUUUCACUUGUUUGACCGCUGUGAACUUCCAGAUACUGAGUAUUGCUGCUUGUGAGCUGUGGGUUUAUACAUCUUUGUUAGGGGGUUUUAGGAGAGGGUAUCAUCGGGACGGUAUAGCUUUGAUGGUGGAUGGUUAAUUUUUUUCAGUUUUGACGGCUAGUGGUUAAAUUUUUCGAGCUUUUGACAGUUGAUGAUUAUCAAGUGAAAUUUAGUUGAAAAGUUUAGGUUAAUAUUACCUUCUGUAUAAGUUAAUAGUAACUUUUGUUCUGGAGAAUGUCUUGACCUUUCACUUGCAAAAUUUCAAAAUAUUUUCAGAUAUAAGCAAGUGUUAAGGUGAUGUAGUGUCUAGUAUCCAGAGAAAGUGUUUUUCGAAACAUGGAUACUGAUUUUUCCAGUUUAGAGAUUCUUCAGAAACCAGAAGUCCAUUAAGAUCAGCUGAAAUUGCAAUAUUAUAAAUAUCUCGAAACAUUUGACGGUUAAUAUUUAUCUGCAUUUUUGAUGAUUGAUGGCUUAAAAUUACCUGUUUUGAUGGCUGAGGAUUAAAUUUUAGGCCAUUUGACGACUGAUGGUUAACCUCAUUGAGACCUUCUUAGGAAGGCUUACAUCUGAUUGAGCUUAAAGCUGGAAUAUAAAAAGCGCUUUACAACAAGAUAUAGUAGGGCUGGUCAAAACAGGUUUUGCUUUUACUGGUUUUUAAUUAAACCUCAAAACAUUAUCAUAAAUCAAAUUCAAGAAAACAACAGGUAAUGGGGGCUUAUAUCUGAUGGGGCUAAUAGUCAGUUGCACUGUUUUUGCUUACAGGUGAAAUAUAGUAAACCUGGAACGGGAAAAAAUAAAUCAUUAUGAGCGGGUGGGGGAAAGAUUUCUAAACAACUUGCAUCUUAAUAGAUUAAGCUUCUCUUUUUGAAAUGAUUAGAAACCAAAUUUGUACUAUCAAAAGAUUGCAAGAUAAUAAUUUUUUCUCUCUUUUUUCCCAGGUCAGGAUGGCAUUUAGAACUGCAGCUGUAUGUGCUGGAUAUCUGUUUGUUGCUGGUGGACUCACAGACGGCAAAAAAGGUCAUGCAACUGUGACACAAGCUCUGCAAUUAGCUCGACAAAUUCUUGCAUUUUAUCUGUUCUGUAAUGCUUACAUGGUGUGGGCGAGCGAUGAGGAUCGCCUUGCACAUAUUAAGAACAUUCCUGGUGGUCAGAUCAUGAUCAUUAUAGUGAUUGCACUCUAUGUCAUUCCUGGACUCUGUAUUUAUGGUGGAUUUGAGGCAGGUUACUUUGCACGAAUUGUUGCCUGGCAACUAGUGAUCAUAACAGCCUUAGUGGAUUUCAACACCAGGUACUGGUUCCGAAGUUCUAGCCAUGUGGAGUUUUGGCAUCAGAUCCAGCAUGCAUCAAGGAAUCUUUCUGUGAUUGGAUCAUUGCUUCUUUUGGCGAGAAUUAGACAUUGGUAAACAGAUAGUAUGAAACAGCUACAUCAUCAGUAUUCAGAGAUUCUUACUGGAAGACUGACUUCCAAGCGCCCACCCAUUCGCCAGGGAAUGCUGUAACAAAAUGAAUAGACACAACAAGCCAAGAAUUUUAUUUAUACCAGACACAGAAAAAAAGACAUUAAAAAGGGGAUGGUAAACUAUUCUACAAAAAUUUUCCUUUUAUAAAUGGUCUAUGGCAUUUUUUAAAGCUGCAUACAUGCAAACAGACGCAACAACUCCCGACAUUGAUGGGCCAACAGUGUUAGGAGUUGUCGCGUCCGUGUUGGUAGUGGUGUGCAAACGGUGCAACAAUUCUCAACAAUGUUGGGACCUGCAGUGCAUUGUGGGAAGGAUACAAGCCAUAAGACUUUAGAGAUCAUGUGUAAUGCAGAUGUGUGGCCCCAACAAUGUUGGAAAAGCUGUGCAAACGGUUCCAACACUGUUGCACUAUGCUCUACCAUCACGGAACAAAAGAAAUGUUGGAAGUUUUUGACUCAAAAGUUUGACUGGUUUUAAACUUUGUGCAACAACACUCAAAAACAUGCAACAGGGUGUGCAAACGGACGCAACAUGUAACAUCCAACAUUGUUGAGAGUUGUUGGCCAACAAUGUUACUUCCAUUUGCAAGAGGCUUAAGAGGCUGUCCGCGUAAGAACCGAUAAGGGAAAUUUCGGUCUAUCACGGAUUGCCCUGAUUUUUUCAGUGGAAGAUGACUAUCCUAUCCCAUGAAGAAAUAUCACAUUUAUUUGGACCAACUCAAUUUUUUCUCUUUUUUACAGGAAGAUUUUCUCGGUCACCUAAAACUAGUCAGUUUGCCGUCGGAAGUAGUGCGAUUUUGGUGAAACUUUAGGGCUCUGUCAAACCUACCUUACAUAGCCGAAUAAUCUGAUUAUUUUACACUCAAGAGUUUUAACUCUUAUUAAUAGUUUCAAUGUUUAAUGGUUGCAUUCUGUGGAAAGUUGGCUGAGAUAUGAUUUUUUGAAAAUGACCUUUAAUUUGCUCAGCAGGAAAAGUAAUUUGCAUAACUAGAGCUGAACGGUAAUUUCACAAAAGUGGCACCUGACCCAGACUCAAGUCUA